GGUACGCAGACAAUAAACUCUUGGGCAGGGUGAAGUCAACAAAGUUUCUGGUGAUUCAUCAUCAGUUGAAGCACCAUCGCCAGAAUUGGUGACGCUGUGCAAAAAUCAGACGCAGUUCCUUCUGCGGGCACAGUGGCACUGAGCCUAGUCAAUCGUCACUCCCUCUCCCGCAAGCAGACGCACACCAUUUAUACCCCACCACCACAACCACCACCACCACCAGAAGAAUCUCUCUCUCCCCUCCCCAACCCACCAGCUUUUGGAAGAACGAGACCACCACAGUUUGUUUUCUUCCAUGGACCCCAAGUUCGUCGGAAAGCCGCCCAUCACGGUGGACCUCGAGCAGAUGCCUGACGCCCCACAGCGUGGGUCCUACCACCGUAGGGCCCACUCCGACACCUCCUUCCGCAUCGCCAACUUCGACGAGCUCCUCCUCUUCGACCCGUCAGACCUCGAUAUCUCCAACCUUCCUUCGCCGGCGCUGCCCAACUCCACCUCCACCAACGCCUCGCCUUUCUCCGCUGCUGCUGCGGCACCCCACAGCGACAUGCCUGCAGCCAUGGAUUUGGUCUCGAAGCCGUCGGAGGAAUCCAACGGCAGGAAUUCACGGUCCAGGACCGCUGGUUCCCCUGUUGGUCAUAUCCGGAGCUUGUCAAUGGACUCUGAUUUUUUCAACGGCCUGGGAUUGACUGGUGGUGUUGAUGGCGACAAACUUGGCGGGAAAGGUGUGGAGGAGAGAAGAGGGGGUCAUCACAGGCACAGCAAUUCCAUGGAUGGGUCAUCGUCUUUGUCUUUCGAGGCCGACUCUUCCAUGGCCAUCGACGGUGUGAAGAAGGCCAUGGCUCCCGAUAAGCUCGCUGAACUUGCUCUCGUUGAUCCCAAGAGAGCUCGGAGGAUUCUUGCUAAUAGGCAAUCUGCUGCGCGAUCAAAGGAGAGAAAAAUUCGGUAUACAAAUGAGCUGGAAAGGAAGGUACAGACGCUUCAAAAUGAAGCAACUAACCUCUCUGCUCAGGUUACUAUGCUUCAGAGAGACACUACAGGGUUGACUAAUGAGAACAAGGAGCUUAAACUGCGCUUAGAGGCUAUGGAACAACAAGCACAGCUUAGAGAUGCUCUGAAUGAAGCAUUGAAGGAAGAACUACAACGCCUGAAGCUACAAAGUAGUCAAAUUGCUGCCAUGAAUGGCAACCCUUCUUAUGGUGGGUUUCUCUCUCAAUUUGCUUCUCAGUUAGCCUUGCAACAUCUUGCAAAUCCUCCAUCCCAGCAGGCACAACAGCAAUCACAGGUCAGCAUGCCUCCGUCAUCCGCUGAACAGCCUUUCAACGGGCAGCCUGGCCCGGACUUCUUGGAUUUCAAUGGCAAGAACUAGCUCAUAAAUAUUUGCACUCGAUCACUGGCAAUAGGCAAAAUUCAUCGCUAGCAGCAUCAUAUACAUAUAUAUGUAUGUAUUAUUGGUGAGGCUUGUGAAGAUCAUCAUUGUGCAGUUUAGUGCCUCCUUUAUCCUAUAUUGUGUUUUCUGCAUUCUGUAGCUUCAGGGCAAAAGCAUAGUCUUUUGCUAUGUGUAUUUUCUGCCGUUAUAGGGUAUAAUCACAGGUUUUGACUUCAUGAUGUAGAGAGCUUGGACUAUUAGUUGAUAGUAUUUGAAUGAAAUCAUCUCUAUUUAAAUAA